CACUGAGAGCCCCGCCCCCUGCACCUGCACUCGGGUGGUCUCGAGCUUCCCGCCGGACAGAGAAAGCGGGGGUUCAGAACCCGCCCAGCAGCAGACGAAGGAGGAGGAGGCCGCUGUCAGUCCCACAGCAGCAUGGAGGAGUGUGACUUGCUGAAGGAGAGGCUCCAGGCGAUCACUGAGAAGCACCGCAUUCAGGAGGACAUUAGACAGAAGAAGCUGGAGCUGGACCAAGAGAAACUCAAACUACAGCAUCUAAAGAAAAAAGCUCUGAGAGAGCAGUGGCUGCUACAGGACUCAGCUUCCCACAAUGCAGCAGACUCCCAACAGCGACAGAGCCUUCUGUCUGACCAGCAGCAGACCAGAGCGCUGCAACUCAACAUCCACAGGAUAGAAAUGGAGGUGGAGUAUCUGGAGCGAGAGGAGUCUAUGAUUUCUACCAAUGAGAGCUUCAUCCUCAACAGACUUAGAGCUGUGGAGAAAAGUCCAGAGGAAAUUAUUAAGGAGGCCCAGGAAAACUUUUCUCCUGAACCAUUACAGAUGACCACAGUGUUCCCAGAUGUCCCACAAUCCAUUUCACCACCAGCCAAUAACCACACUGAGCCAAACACACCAAGACAGACUCUGUUUGCCAUGGAGAUCAAUGUGACUAAAAACCUGGUAACCGGAGAGAGCACAGUACUUUCUACUGCAGCCGUCCCCCCCGAGGAGCUAAACCAACACACCGGGCUCAAGGUUUAUGAUGAUGGCAGGAAGUGUGUUUAUGCUCUGAAUUCACAAGAGGAUUCACAUGACCAGACCUCUGUGACUGAGUUGUCAGCCAGUGAGGUGAAACAGUUGCUGAGAAGUGCCACAGCGCAUCGCCAAGUAAACUACCAAAACUACCACCAAAAUCCCAGCAGGAAGGAGGAGCAUUGUUUUUAUGACCACCCAGAUGAGAGAGGCAAAGUGGAGGGGCGUGACCUCAGAAACCAGGGAGGACAUUAUAGUGAUCAUAUCCUUAGUAACAACACAGCAGAGAAAGACUUAAAGUGGCAGAAAAAACCACAGGGUGAGUAUCGCUAUGGUCACCAGGAAAGCCAUCACAACAGGCAGGAAGAGAGACACAACCAAGGCAAUCUGAUGGAAGCUCAUCGCUUAGGAGACCACAAGGGGGCUGGAUUUCACUAUGGCAAACAGAAGGAUCAUCACUACAGUUCUUACCAGGUGAGAAGGUGUCACAGUGUUCAGGAAAAAUGGCCCUCUGCACACCACAGCAACGGCGUCAUCAGGAGCAACAGUGGGGUAAAUGGAGGCAGACCCAAUGGCUGUCCUCCUCCCAGAUCACAUGACCAGGAAGCAAUGUCAGCCUACCAAUCACAGCUCUGCUACACUCCAGCCAAUUAUAUUCCUUUAAGUGAUUACAUCAGUGUUGAUGAAGAACAACUUUAUUGUUACAACCCACCUUCUUACCAGUCAUGCAGCCAAACAGGGAACAGCCACAACCAAUCCGCUCCCCUGUACAGUGGCCCCACCCACUGUGACAGAGUGCCCUCCCCACUCUAUGGAGAUGACACCCCUUACACCAUCCUCAACACCAUAGAAACCACUGAGCCAAUCACAGCCAUCUUCAUGGGGUUCCAGACGGCGCAGGAUGACAGUGGGCGGGGUCAGGAGUUUGAGGGCUCUCUGAAGGCUGAGCUGGUCAUCAUCGAGGACUAUGAGGAAAAUGGUGAGGCCAACAACCUGAAGGAGAAGAAGAACCACGCCCAGCUGGGUGUCAGUACCUACUCAACAGAAAGUGCAGCCAAUGGAAGAGGUGGACGUGUGGAGGGACAGGGAGACAGACGGGUAGGACCGCCUGUCAAAAAGAUCCAGAAAAAACAUAAACCCUGCUGUACCAUCUGCUGACUGGACUAACUCAUGCAUGUGUGUCCAACACUCAGUGAGCAGCUGUACCUGUCUCCUAAUGACUAACUGCAUAGACUAACUGAUUUCACAUAUAGAUGCUUGAGAUGAACUGAGCUAGUGAGAUAGUAUCAACAACAUCAUGGCACCGUUCCUUCUACAUGGGUAACUAGUUACUUUUACAAGUUGGGGACAAUUUGUUGAUGAGCUACUUGCAUUAUGGUCUGUUACAUUUUUAAAGUUCUAGUAAUUAUUUCUUGAGACAAAACUAAAUCAAAUAACUAGGAGUAAUGUAGGAGGGACCAUUCUCAGUAUCAACUCUGCAGCUCUAUGAAGCUAACUGCUUUGGUUUCAUGUAACAGUGAACUAUAUGGUUCUGUCUCAGUGCUUUCAUCAGCUCUGAUAGCUCCACUGUGCACCACCUGCUCAGCAACACACAGCACACAGACUGUUAACUAGCUGUUAACAUAGUAGGAGGAAUUAGCAGCGAAACGGAGCCAAAAUGAGAGUGAAUAUUGGAUUCACAUUCAUCAGGUGGACACAAACACACCUCCAAAUAAAUGCAUGUGUUACUGCAUGUCAACUAGAUGUGGAAAUACUCAACUGUUUGCUAACACAUUAGCCUUGACAAGUUUAUAAGACAAUCCAUCAGGUUGUGUUUGGCAGCUCCCACUCCACUCCAAUUAUUGUACUUUCUACUCACCUACAUUUAUUUGACAGCUUUAGUCACUAGUUACUUUUAAGAUGAAGAUUUCACACAAUAGGUAAUAAUAACAAGCUUUAAAAAAAAAUGAUGUCUAUGAGUUGCUGUUACACCCAGUAGUGAUUUUUUCCUCUAAACAUCUCACAUGGUUUUAUUUCAACAAAUGUUCAAAUGAUCCUUUAUCUCUCUAAAAAUCAAAGAUUCCUGAAAAAGUUCAAAAACUGAAAACAGGUUUGUUUAUUCUUCUCUCUGCUCCCAUUAAUCCUCUGAUGACCCUGGUUAACUGAUGUCCCUGUUGUAUAUAAAUUAGUUCAGUAACACGCUGCUACACACUGAUGCUUCAGUAUUAAUCAUCUAAUGAUGUCAUAUAUAAUAAUAUAUCAGUCAGAGGGACCAAACUAGUACUUGUACUUUAAUAUUGUAACUACAUUUUAGUGCUAGUAUGUAGUUUUACUGAAGUAUUUUUUUUUUUACACACAGGACUUUAACUAGUAACAGAGUAUUUUACAUUGCUGUAUUUGUACUUUUACUUAAGUAAAGGAUCUGAAUACUCCUUCCAUCAUUGCAGAAACAAAAUCCACAGGACAUUCCUAAACCCUCUGCAGCAUAAUGCACGUCUCUGCUGUUUUAAGUGAAGUCUGUACUGUCCUUUCAGUCAAUAAAUGCAUAUGUAUGGCACAAUAUGAAAAGUAUUAAUGACAUACAGUGUACUUGUGUAACUGUAAAACAGAUACAGCUGAUAAACUGUGUUCAGGGUUGGAUUCCAGUGAAGUGCUCUCCUCUGGCUCCCUCUGCUGGUGUGAAGGUGUUGCAGUGACCUAGUUCAGAAUAAUGAGCAGCUAUAAUAACUAACAGUGGUUUCAGCUAAAAUGAUUUGGAAUUUUUAUGAUGGGUUCGUGAUAUUUGACGUGCUUUUGAUAUAUUGUAUAGUACUGUUUACUUUUUUCUGUAAUACAUUUUUUUCCCAAAGUAGUUUUCAGAGACAUGGUACCCAGAAAAUUCUAAUCCAAUUAUUUCAGUUGACUGUUACUGUUAGAUGUUAACCCAGUAAGAGAAUAAACAAGUGUGACAGUGUGUAUCAAAUUGAUUUGAGACAUGAAAUAUUCAUUCAACUGUGUCGGUUUCACAGUGUCAAACUGCAGUGAAAACCAGGAGUCAUGUUAAAGAAAAUAUUUUGACACAGUGUUUACCUAAAACAUUUGUGAGAACAUAAAACCAUUUGUAUUUCAAUGACAAGGCAAGACACACCUAAAUAUUUACAGCUGUAUCAUAUUAAAACGCCUGAAAUCCAAGACAGACCGCUUUGUAAAGAACCUCAGGUAACAGGGUUUUUUGUCUUGUUUUGUCAAACCAUAGCUUUUAUCCAACUGCUGAUGCUUUUCACGUUUUUAUACUAACAGCAGAUGUUUGUACUGUACAUACUGUGUGUUUGACUACACUAUGACAGGUGAGGAGCAUGUGGAUAACCGUGUGAUGACGAUGCUAAUAAAUUUGUUACUGAUUGAUAUUAACUGCUUGCUCUGUCUGUGUUGGUCUAACCAUCAUCACAACACAACACUUUGUGAC